UUGGGGCACUCUCAGUGCCAUCCUGCUUAUGGUAGUCAUAGCCCUCGGAAUCAUGGGACACAUAGGGUUCAGACAGCCAGAACCACAGGUGGUCAGGAUCACAGUUCCAGAUCAGACUGGCACAUUGGUCAAUCAGUCAGCACUGGUGGACAAGCAAAACGAUGUGGUGACCUACUCUGUGACCUCCGUUGCCAACCAUACCUCCACGGUGAUGUUUGACAUUAAGCAUGAAUUGAUAUGCUACAAACCUGACAACCAGGAGGUCUGCUUUCUACGCAAAAUGGAGAGAACUGAUUAUGAAAAUGUUCACAUGCUUCUGGACAAAUCGAAAAAGGUCAACCAGUUCUGGCUGGAGGGCAAUGAGACACAGAGGCACACUGAGUUUUUAGGCGUGCUAGGGGGAAGUCACGUGGAUGCCUCUACCCUCCAGGAACCCCUCCAGACCCUUUGCCUGCAGAGCACAAUUUACUGGACCCGCAGAACUGACGGGCCCGGCAAACAGAGGCUGAUUUACUUCUGCAUCGACAUCUGCUUCCCCAGCAAUAUCUGCGUCUCCGUGUGCUUCUACUACCUGCCAGAGUGAGCGGCAGUGCUGAAUAUGACAGCCCAGGGAACGUGCCCCUUCUCUUCACCGUGAAGGCCACUCUGUAAAGAGCACGGAGGGGAACAUGCGCUGGGUCUCCACUCCCCUGCGGAAUAUACAGGGCUGCAGCCGCUCAUCC